CUCGGUUCAUGUUUACAAGUGAGGGCAUGCUCGUUUGUUUACAAAUACGAUAACGAUGUUUCAAAAAGUUUAAAAUUAAUUUGGUUUGAUAAGCGACUUCUAUAAUAAAAUUUAAAGAUGGUUCGAGUUAAGAACAGAUACAUCCUGGUGCAGUUCAUGUGCAACAACCGGUCGGAGACGGAGACGUUCACGCUCACGUCGCGCCAGGUGGGCACCUUUCUGCAGCAGAGAAUCGAAAAGUACUACGGCGAGUUUGGCAUCGCGAGCAUGCUCCGGCUGCACGUGAUCUACUUCAACGAGAAGACCCGCCUGUGCAUCAUCCAGACGCGCCACGGCCCGCACCGGUUCGUCACCAGCAUUCUGCCCCUGCUGACCGUGGCCGAUACGGAGUCCGUACGAUAUCGAACGCUGUACGUGGGGGCAACGCUUCAACAGUGCCAGAAGUUUGUUGCUCGGUACCAACAGAACUAUGUGAACAAAAUGAUCGGAAGCUAUCGGGGCGAAGCUCAGCGGGAGCGAUUCAUUGAGGAUGUCACCCGGAUGAAACAAAUUUAGGCUUAUUUGGAUUUAACAUCUGUUUUUAUUUUGUUCAAUCAAUUAACAAACCAGUUAGAGAGCAUUUAUCGGAGAAGUGUUUUGUGAUCAGGAUCACGCAAAUAAAUAAGACUAAUAUUAUCUCUAGGUUUCUUGGAAUCUUAUGUCUAAUGGCAACGGUUACGAGAAUUGAAAGUUAAA